UUCCAUGUAGACGGACACAGCAUGUGGACAGACUGUUGUAACUGGUUUUGCUUGGAUAGUCGGACUGCAGAUGAACCUGAGAGGACUCAAAACAGAGGCCAGUGGACAGAAGCAUAUGUCAAUGCUGGAUUCAACCCCCACCCAUCAGCUGUAGAGCACACUUGUAAAGCAUGUAACAGGAUAUUUGACAGUAUUUCUAGAAAGCAUGUUUGUGUAGACUGUAAGAAGAACUUCUGCACUGCUUGCUCAGCUCAGCUUGAGAAUAAUCUUCAGAUGUGCCACACUUGCCAGCGUUUUCGAGCAACUGCUUUCCAACGGGAAGAACUAAUGAAGCUGAAAGUGAAGGAUUUACGAGACUACUUAGACCUCCAUGGAAUUUCAACCCAGAUGUGCAGAGAAAAGGAGGACUUAGUUGAACUGGUGUUGGGCCAACAAGUGUCUGUGCCUGGAUCACCAAGUAGUCACCCACAAAGGGCCUUUGACAACAAUGUAUCAGAGCAACAGUCUUUUCUAUCUGGUAUCCAGACUAAUUCAAUUCCUGCUACCUCACAGGAAGCACCUCCUGCUUAUGAAGAAGCAGUUUUCAGUCCACAAGUAGAAAUUACAGAAGACGGUCAGGUUCCUGUACCUGGUGAACCAGUAGAUGGUAUACAGACUGAAACUACUGCAGAGAUGGAGGAUGAAAGUCAGUCAACCGACUCUGAAGACGUUCUGGUUCCAGGUCGUCGAGCUUCUCUGUCUGAUCUUAACUGCCUUGAAGAUAUAGAGACUCUAAGUGUUCGACAGCUUAAAGAAAUCCUUGCUCGGAACUUUGUAAACUAUAAAGGGUGUUGUGAGAAGUGGGAACUGAUGGAGAGAGUCACAAGACUUUAUAAUGAGCAAAAGGAUCUCCAUAGUCUAAUUUCCAGCUCUAGCAGUGGAACUGAUGGAGAAAAGCAGAAAAACGUAGAAGAAAGCAUUUGUAAAAUAUGCAUGGAUGCACCUAUAGACUGUGUUCUUCUGGAAUGUGGUCACAUGGUUACUUGUACCAAAUGUGGCAAGCGCAUGAACGAGUGUCCAGUCUGCAGGCAGUAUGUGAUCAGAGCAGUGCACGUCUUCAGAUCAUGAUGAGAAAACUAGGAUCAGAACACUACAUUCCAGUCUUAUAGAUAUGAACAUAUUUUCUUCCAUGUGUUUUGAAACAUCAUUUUGAAACAUGGUUUACAGCUUAUGAAUAGUACAAAUAUUUUUUAAAAACUCUACAGUGGACUAGGAGAGACAUUCUUCUUGAAGCUGCUUACAAGUAUGCACCAAGGAAGAUAAAAUGCUGCUGUUUUGGAGUUCCUCUCCUCUCCAGUAUGGUGUGCUGUGCCCUUAACACUAGUCUGCUGACUUUAAAAAUUACAACUGUUGCCUUUCCACUUAAGUGCUCUUAUUCUUUUAACAGAAAUCAAACUCAAGAAAAAAAUUGCCUAAUGAGUAUUCAUUCUUUCAGAAGUGCACUGAACACACAUUUCACAUUGUGUGUUAGCAACAUGUAUCCCCUAAUUGGUGGACACUAACCAAUGAUAAUUUUGCUAUAUAUGGGUUGCACUUGUUUUGCUAUGUGGCAAGACUUUAGUCUGCUUGUCGAGUACAAGUCAGAUUGUGUUGUGUUGUUUUUAUGGGAGUAGUGCUACUGUAAGAUAUUAAAAGGAAAUUUCAGAACUGGGCCUUAUUUUCUGCUUUUUGGUCGGUAGAGACAAAUAUAAUUAAAGUUAAAUAAUAA